AUGGAUACUAGUUACCUGUCCCAGCAGGUCAACACCAUUAUCGGCCAGCUGCACGGCCUGUUUGACGAAAUUGGCGUUCCCAACCAUGAUCGCGAGGCGCGCGAAGCAGACCUCUUCGAGGCCCUUUCCAAGGCCUUGACCGACCAGGUCCGCCUUGUUACUACCGAGAAGGAGGAGAUGAUCGAGGAGGCCGAGCACAUGAUCAACAACAUCCGCCAGAUGGAGGCAUCAAUCAGCGGCCGCCGCGACCGCGAUGGCGACGACAUCAAGAUCACAUACCCCCUGGUCCGGUGCUUAAAGUCUCUCAAGGAGAAGCACGUCCAGAUUAGCAGGUUGCACAAGGAGCGCUUCGCGCAGGUCAAGAAACUUGUCGAAGCCCUGGAAUCAUACUCGUCACACCUCGAACCCACCUUCGUCCAGAUCCCCCUGCCCCCGACGGGCCCUAACCAGUCGGUCCCGGCCAACUUCGACCUGUCGCCCGCGUACGUCGACAAGCUCGACAACGAGUUUACGAGAGUCUAUGAAGAGUACAGUCGCCGCGUCGCAACGGUUAAGGCCCUCUGCGAGCACAUCAUCUCGCUCUGGGCCGAGCUCGGCACCCCGCAGGCCCAGACGGAUGCCGCCAUCGUCAAGUACUACCGCGAUGCGCCGGAACAGCUAGGUCUGCACGAAGAGGACAUCGCCCGCCUCAAGGCGAAGCGCGACAAGCUGUCGGACGAGAAGAAGAAUCGCGAGAAGAAGCUCAAGGACCUGCGCACUGCGGUCGAGGCCCUAUGGGAGAAGCUGGAGGUGGACCACGCCGAGAGGAAGGGCUUCCUCAACAGCAACCGCGGCUGCGGUGUUCGCCAGAUCAACGAAUUCGAGGACGAGCUGGCGCGGCUGAAUGAACUGAAGCGUCAGAAUCUGCACCUCUUUGUCGAAGACGCCCGCUGCAAGCUGCAGGAGCUGUGGGACGCUCUCUACCUUUCCGAGGAUGAGAUGCUCGAGUUCACACCUGCCUUUUCCGACGUAUACAGCGACGCCCUGCUUGAGGCCCACGAGCGCGAGAUCGCGAGACUGGAGGUUCUCAAGGAGCAGCGCGCCCCCACGCUCGCACUCAUCGACAAGCACAAGAGCCUUACCAACGAGCGUGACGAGCUUGCGGCCUCCAGCCAGGAUGCUUCUCGCCUCAUGAUGCGCGGGCAGAAGGGAGAGAGACGUGAUCCUGGCAAGCUGCUCCGAGAGGAGAAGAUGCGCAAGCGUAUUGCCAAGGAGUUGCCCAAGGUUGCUGCUGAGCUUCGUCAAGUCUUGGAGCGCUUCGAGGACGAGUACGGCCGUCCAUUCCUUGUUCACGGUGAGAGAUACCUCGACGCUCUCGAGGCGGAGGAUCGUCCUGCCCCUGGACCGCGAUCCAAGACACCCGGCGCCGGACAGAUGGCGUCGGCAACCAAGCCCAGAACCGGCCACAGCCGCGCGAACAGCGUCAGCGCAGCACAGAGACCACCAACCCGCCAGGGAGCAAAGACACCCGUCGCUGCUGCCCCGACAAACAAGCGCAGUGCCAACAACAUGAAUGGCGCAUCCGCGGCAAGGCCCUUGUCCGCUCACAUCAAGCCGCCUGGCAGCCCUCGACCGGAAUCCUCCAUGGGCUUCCGUAGCAACCACGGCACACUCACCAAGCCUCCAGGAAGCCCGUCAAGGAUUGCCCGCCCUCCCCUUACGAAUCUUAAGUACGGCAACAACUCGCCCGAGAGGAUACAGAGACCCGAGUCGAGGAUUGACGCCUACGCGACAAUACGCGGAGGCCCUCCCCUCCGUGCGCCCCCGCCCAAGAUGCGUGAUCUCCACGCCAUGGACCUCGAGACCCCGAUGAACCACUACAAGUCUGCCGGGCUUGGUGGAAGCAUCGUCCGUCAGGUGGAGCUGGAGGAUGUCUACGAUGACUGCCAACCGCGCCUCAUGAGAGCGAACUCGACACUCUCCCAUACCUCGCACGCAUCCCACGCCUCCCACAACUCCCACGCCUCCGCCUCGUCACACCACUCCCAAGGCUCCUCCCAGUUCGACUUCCAAUCCUCCGUGAUCCGACACCACCCCCCGUCAUACAGCCAAGCACCGCCGCCGCGCCAGAUCUCCAACUCGUCGACGGGGUCAAGCAACGUGACGGGGUCGGAAAACUGGGAGACGUACGACGACGCGAGUGAGCCCGAGCAGGACGCGACAGACACGUACUACGCCAAAGUUCGGGCGGCGCGCCAGCAAGCUAUUGAUCCCAAGAGGCCACGGGCGUACCCGCCGCAGGCGCAUGCUGGGAAUGCGUUUGCGGACCAUGAGGGCAAUCGAAUCAUCUCGGGCAGCGAGUGGACCGACGAGGACGGGUACUGA